UUCGGUCGGUCGUAGUCAUUGUGCGGCGUUUUCUACCGUACUUGCGUGGAGUCUAUGUAGUCAGUUGCCGCGGUGGAGUCUUUUUUUUUUUUUCCUGCGGUUUGUGUGCUCUUUCGGGCGUGAGAUGGCUGUUUACCUUGCGCAGAGGGUGACAUUCAAAAAUUUCGCCGUUGUAAAACCCGCCGCCGCAUGGUUCAAGGGCCUGCGAGCUGACAACUUUGAAUACAGUACAAAGAAAGAUACUGCAGAGGGGAAAACACAGGCUACUGUCAGUGGUAUGAUUUCUUGGCCAACUGAGGAUAUCAAAAGCACCAUUCUUCAGUCUGCGCUUGACUUUAUUCCUCAGCAUGGCUGGACGUGGAAGUCCAUAGCAGCUGGUGCCAACUCCUUGGGCUUGUCCAGCGUUGCGCACGGCCUUUUUCCGGGUGGUAGUCUUGAUCUGAUAACAUAUUUCUACUUGUCCUCAAAUGAUGAACUGGAACGCCAACUUGAAAGCAAUUUACAGAAAAAUGAGCGGAGAGCUAUAACCAAGGAAAAGUCUGCCUUCAUCCAAGAUGCUGUAUGGCGAAGAAUUCUGCUCCUUGAGCCAUACAAAACCAGAUGGGUUCAGGCUCUUGGAAUCUUGGCCUUGCCUCAAAAUGUCCCAGUUGCACUGUCCAACCUGGGAGAUCUGCUGAAUGUCAUUUGGCACUAUGCAGGUGACACGUCAGUUGAUAUGAGCUGGUACUCGAAAAGAGCUGCCUUAGCUGCGCUCUACCAGAGCUGCGAACUUGUGUUUCUGCAAGAUAAGUCUAUGGACUAUGCUCAGACACAAGAGUUUCUCAACAGACGCAUCAAGGAGUUUACCGCUGUUAACAACUGCCUGGAGCAGGUGAAUCAAGUCAGUGGCACUGCAAAGGAUGUAGCUGAACUGGGAUUUGCUACGCUAAAGAAUGUCCUGGGAAUGAACACUCGUUAACAAAAAACAGUUUAGAUUAUGUCUAUUUCAGUGAGCAACUACUGCAAAUAAAUUUGAUCAGCCCUUCUCAUGUA